UAUGUAUACAAGAUUGAAUGAUAUAGUCACCAAUCUCAAGGCUCUUGGUAAAGUCUAUCAUUCUCAAGAAGUAGUGAGGAAGGUUCUUAGAAGCUUGCCCAAGAAUUGGGAAGCCAAGAAGACCACAAUUGAAGAGUCUAAGGAUCGUAACACCCUCAAGCUUGAAGAUCUCAUUGGAAAAUUGAUGACAUAUGAGAUAGAAGUUCAAGUUGAUGGUGGAGUUGAAGUAGCUGAGAAAAAGAAGAAGAAUGUUGCUUUCAAGGCUAGCAACCAAAAGGAAGAAAGUGAAGAUGAUGCUAGUAAUGAUGAGUCUAGCAAUGAGGAGGACAUCACCAAACUGAUUUCAAAGGAAGUGAAGAGAUUCAUGAAGAAGAACAUCAAGAGCAAGCUUGCAAAAAGAGAUGACGAAGAGUCUACCAAAAGGAGUGUGAAAUGCUAUGAGUGCAACAAGAUGGGGCACUAUAGAAAUGAAUGUCCCAAAUUGAAGAAGGGUGAAAGGAAAAACAAGAAGAGCAUGAAGAAGAAAGCUUUUACCACCACUUGGAGCAAUGAUGACACUAGCUCAACGGAAAGUGAAAGCUCCUUGGAAAAUGGUGUUGCAAAUCUUUUCUUCAUGACUCAAGAGGAUAGCUACAAUGAUGAGGAGGUAAACUCUAACUUCUCUAGUUCAAUUAAUGAAAGUUCAUUUGAGUAUUCUUAUGAUGAUUUAUGCAAAGUUCUUGAUUGCUCUACGAAUGACAUUAAGAAACUAGAAAUGAGAAUAUUGCUCUUACUAAAACCAUUUCAUUGCUUAGGAAUGAGAUUGAAUCUCUCUCAAAACAAAAUGAAGUUUUAGUUAAAGAGAAUGCAUCUUUAAAUGGUUAAUAUUGAACUAUAUAUGCUUUCAUGAUCAAAGUGUUUUAUCAUCAUCAAAAAGGGGGAGAUUGUUGUACCUAUGAUUUUGAUGAUUACAAAACACAUUUGAGUGACUAAUUGAUUUAUUUAAGUGUGUAGUUAAAUUGCCAAUAUACUGCAAAGUAAGCA